AUGGCUGAGCAGAAUAUAAGAUUAUCUGACUUGCCUGAUGCCAUUACCGAUGAUGAUCUGGAUGUCAAGAUGGCGUCUUGUGGUCCAUGGUGCGCUCUGUGCGUGGCGUCUUGCGGCCCAGUUGCGGUGCAGGGUCAACUGAGGACACCUCCCGCAUGUUUGAUGUGCGUGCAGUCACAUACCAUUACGGUGGGGCACCCGGUUCUACGCGCCUCCUGCGCUGGGUCUCUAGGUGAGCGCUUCACGCAGAGGAUUCAUGGUCCAGUCUUCUCGAGCCUCUCCUUUCCUCUCCUCCUGAGUUGCCUUGGCUCAUGUUUUCCUGGUGUCCAUACAGUGUGGUCCAUUUAG